CUCAGCAGCGGAAUGACAAGGCUCCGGUUUCAGGGAGCACAGCUGACAUCCCCCCCACCGGCAGUGGCCUGGGACAGCUGUCACAUCCUCUCUGCUGCGCCAGGAAUCUCAUUCCCCCCCUCGGCCCCCCUACACAGACCCUGGCAGGAUUUGGACUGCCAAGGCGGGCAUCACUCCCCAGGCUGACAUGGUGGGUCUUGCCUGCUCCUUCCCCACCCUACACCCUGAGGACAGCCAUCGCCACGGCGGGGGGAACAGGGCACUCCUGGGGGUGCUUGCAGGAGGCACUCCUUUGCUAUGACCCAUGGGCGCCUGGGUUUCCACUGCAGGGAGAUGCAUCCCUCUGUGCGUGACAUGGGGAAACCAAGGCACGGAGCUCAUUUUGCCCCCAGACCCAAUUCCAAGCCCCCUGGCACAAAAUGCCGGAGCAGCUUCCCAGCAAACUGGCAUCACCCCACUAGCAGGGGGGGCGGGGGUAGGGUGGGUGGUCCCCUGUCCCUCCCUGGCCCCUGUGGCUGUUGGGAACAGCUGACGGUGGCGGGGGACAGCUGUCCUGUCCCACCGGGCGCCAGGCCCAGAACAUCGCCGCGCAGGCGAACGAGUGGAGCCCCAGCCCCUGCGCCACCGCCAUGCGCUGCCACAGCCUCCUCCUUGCCCUCUGCGCCCUGGCAGGCGUGAGCUGCAGGAACCAGGAGGAGAAGCUGCUCCAGGACCUCAUGACCAACUACAACCAGAACCUGCGCCCAGCCCUGCGCGGGGACCAGAUCAUCGAUGUCACCCUCAAGCUCACCCUCACCAACCUCAUCUCCUUGAACGAACGGGAGGAGACCCUCACCACCAACGUCUGGAUCGAGAUGCAAUGGUCCGAUUAUCGCCUGCGGUGGGACCCCGAGAAAUACGACAACAUCCAGCUGCUGCGGGUGCCCUCCACUAUGGUCUGGCUGCCCGACAUCGUCCUGGAGAACAACAUCGACGGGACAUUCGAAAUCACCCUCUACACCAACGUGCUGGUGUCCCCCGAUGGCAGCAUCUAUUGGCUGCCCCCCGCCAUCUACCGCAGCGUCUGCUCCAUCCACGUCACCUAUUUCCCCUUCGACUGGCAGAACUGCACCAUGGUUUUCCAGUCCCAGACCUACAGUGCCAACGAAAUCAACCUGCUGCUGACGGUGGAGGAAGGCCAGACCGUGGAGUGGAUCUCCAUCGACCCUGAGGCUUUCACAGAGAAUGGUGAAUGGGCCAUCAAGCACCGCCCUGCUCGGAAAAUCAUCAAUUCGGAGCACUUCACCCCAGAUGACACCCAGUACCAGCAGGUCAUCUUCUACCUCAUCAUCCAGCGCAAGCCGCUCUUCUACAUCAUCAACAUCAUCGUGCCCUGUGUCCUCAUCUCCGCCAUGGCUGUGCUGGUCUACUUUCUGCCUGCCAAAGCGGGUGGGCAGAAAUGCACCGUCUCCAUCAACGUCCUCCUGGCCCAGACCGUCUUCCUCUUCCUCAUUGCCCAGAAGGUGCCUGAGACCUCCCAAGCUGUGCCUCUCAUCGGGAAGUACCUGACCUUCCUCAUGGUGGUGACAGUGGUGAUUGUGGUGAAUGCUGUCAUCGUCCUCAACGUCUCACUGAGAACACCCAACACUCACUCCAUGUCCCAGAGAGUGCGCCAGGUGUGCCUGCAUCUCCUGCCCCGCUACCUGGGCAUGCACAUGCCAGAGGAGACAUCGGGGCCACCACGAGCCGCCCGGAGACGCAGCUCCCUGGGGCUCAUGGUGAAAGCUGAUGAGUACAUGCUCUGGAAAGCCCGGACCGAGCUGCUCUUUGAGAAGCAGAAGGAGAGGGAUGGGCUGAUGAAAACUGUUCUGGAGAAGAUCGGACGUGGCCUGGAUAGUAGCAGUGCCCAGGAGUUCUGCCAGAGCCUGGAGGAAGCGGGGCCCGAGAUCCGCGCCUGCGUGGACGCCUGCAACUACAUUGCCAAUGCCACACGGGAGCAGAACGACUUCAGCAGUGUGAGUUUGAGCCAGGGCGGUGCGGGACCCUCGUGGGGGGCAGCGGAGGCAGCCCUCACCUCCCUCCCUGUGCCACUGGCAGGAGAGCGAAGAGUGGAUGCUGGUGGGACGGGUGAUCGACCGUGUCUGCUUCCUCAUCAUGGCCUCCCUCUUCGUGUGCGGCACCAUCGGCAUCUUCCUCAUGGCUCACUUCAACCAGGCGCCCGCCCUGCCCUUUCCUGGGGACCCCAAGCAGUACCUGCCAGAGUGAUGCCCACAGGCAGCUCCCAGCCCUCCUGCCGCUGGAGCCAGGGGCUGGGUGCCCCCCGACCAGCCUGCCCGGCUGAGAACCCUGUGGGCACAGCAGCUCUUGGUGCCAAGCACAGCGCUGGAGGAGGACUGGGGGUGGUGGGGUUUUGCCACCCCCCAGCAGUGGUGGCGACGGGGAAGGGGGGAAGCACAGGGUGGCUGUGCUUGUGCUGAACAUGGAAGUAAAGCCCGCAGCAGUCUCAUGAGCAUCACUGGUGGCAUCAUUGCUGCAUGCCCACUGAUGGGGUUAGCCCUCUCGGACAGGCUGGAUGUGUCACCCAUGCAGGCUGGCCACAGACCCCUAUGCCACACGGUUCUGUCCCAGCACCCCACAAGGACACUGAGAGACAAGACGAGGGAACCGGAGCAGUCAGUCAUCCUAUGGGCCGUGCACCAGCACUGGCAGCAAGAGCUACAUUACCCCACUGCAAAUUCCCACCUUCAAGCCCAGGGCAAAUGGGGCCCCUGGCGUCCCUUGCCAUGACAAUGGUGGCAACGGGGCAGGAAUCAUGGAUACAGCCCCCCAUCCUGGGGCAGCGAUGGAGCCACAAAUGGGAUUAGGGGCAGGUAAUUUCUCCCUCCGUUUAUGCCCCGGCCAUGGCUCCUGGAGGGCAGCCGAAUUGCUGUCUCUGCUCCCUAGCAAGCAACUUGGGGUGGGAAGACCCUGGGUCGCCAGGCAGCCAAACCCCCUCAGAGUUGGGUGCC